AUGGAAGAGGAGAAGAAGCCAGAGAAGAAGGAAGGUGUUGUCAAAGCUGUCAAAAAGACCGUCAGUGAUCUCGUUAACAGCAUUGAACGCAAAUCUUCCGAACAAAAUAAUGGUUUCGCCUUCAAGUCAAGAAAAAGCAAAAAAAGCUCCACAUUAACCUCUAAUGGUUCUGUCACUAAAGAGGAGCCCAUCUAUGAUGUGCCUCCUGCAGCAGACUCCUCUUAUACAACUUCUUCCUCUACUCAUAUAUAUUCUAACGGAUAUUCAAGCGUAAGUCCUUCUAACGGACACGCUACUAUUGGUACUGGAGUCUCGUAUGAUUCUGGUACCGGAGCUACAUAUGCUGCUGGCUCUGGAGCCUCGUAUGCCUCUUCUACUGGUGGCACAUACGUUCCUGGUUCUGGAGCUUCGUACGCCUCUACUACUGGAGGUACUUAUGUUCCUGGCUCUGGAGCUUCGUAUGCCUCUACUACUGGAGGUACAUAUGUUCCUGGCUCUGGAGCCUCUUAUGCCUCUGGCACUGGAGGUAACUACGCUUCUGGUACUGGAGGUGCGUAUGGUUCAGCAUCAGGUGGUGCAUAUGGUUCAGCAUCAGGUGGUGCAUAUGGUUCUGGAUCUGGUGGAGCGUACGGCUCUGGCGGUGGAGCUGCAUACGGUUCUGGCGGUGGAGCUGCAUACGGUUCUGGCGGUGGAGCUGCAUACGGUUCUGGCGGCGGAGCUGCUUACGGUUCUGGUGGUGGAGCUGCAUACGGUUCUGUCACAGGAUCACAGUCUGCUUCUGGCACUGGAGCUGCUUCUGCGUCAGGCACUGGUGCUUCCUAUGCCUCUGGUUCAGCUUCUAAAAGUCAUAUGUCUGAAAGUACGUUCACUAAGACAUCCGAGUCUUUUACUUACUCCUCAAACACGAACAAUCCAUACUCCGAGACUACCUACCGUGCCAAUCCUACAGCCUCUGAGAGAAGCAUUGAACGAGAAACACCUUACGUUUCAAGAGCAUCUCAUAUCAUUUAUGACUCUACUGCACAGCCCAAAACAUUUGACAUAAAAAAAUCUCUUGAUAGUAAUCGAGUGUACGGCUCGAGAUCAAGCGGAUUUGAGUUAAACUCGGGUUCUUCUAUAUUCGAGAAGAACUUUUACGAGAAUGACACAGGUGUUUGGAAUAACAGCCCAGCUAUAUCAGGACGUGUCCUCAAGAUGGUAACCGAAAUGGGAUCUGCAACCAUCGGAGGAAUUUCUCCAGCUUUGUCAGCCAAUGCCGCCAAGUCUUUCCUUGAAGCCACUGAUAAGGAAAAGAAAGAACUUCAAGGCUUGAACGAUCGUCUUGGAAACUACAUUGACCGUGUAAAGCGUCUUGAGGAACAAAACCGUAAGCUUGUAGCUGACUUGGAUGAACUGAGAGGAAAAUGGGGCAAAGACACAAGUGAAAUCAAGAUCAAAUACUCCGAAUCCUUGUCUACUGCUCGUAAAGAUAUCGAUGAUGCUGCUAGAAGAAAAGCUGAAAUUGAUGUCAAAGUUGCCCGUCUUCGUGAUGACUUAGCUGAAUACAGAAGCCGUUAUGAAGAUAUUCAACACCGUCGUGAGAACGAUCGCGAGAAGAUCAGCCAAUGGACCAACGCCAUUGCUGAUGCUCAAGCUGAGCUCGAGAUGCUCCGUGCCAGAUGGAAGCAACUCACCGAGGAGGAGAAACGUCUCAAUGCUGACAACGUCCGUAUUUGGGAAGAACUCCAGAAGGCUAGAAACGACCUUGAUGAGGAAACUAUUGGAAGAAUUGACUUCCAAAACCAAGUUCAAACUCUCAUGGAGGAACUCGAAUUCCUCAGACGUGUUCACGAACAAGAGGUUAAGGAACUCCAAGCUCUCUUGGCUCAAGCUCCAGCUGAUACCAGAGAAUUCUUCAAGAACGAACUUGCCCUUGCUAUCAGAGAUAUCAAGGAUGAGUAUGACUACAUUGCCAAACAAGGCAAGCAAGACAUGGAAAGCUGGUACAAGCUUAAGGUGUCUGAGGUUCAAGGAUCAGCCAACAGAGCCGCUGUUGAAUCCAACUAUCAAAGAGAAGAAGUCAAGAGAAUGCGUGAUAACAUCAGUGACCUCCGCGGUAAAUUGGGAGAUCUUGAGAACAAGAACGCUCUUCUCGAGAAGGAAGUCCAGAACUUGAACUAUCAACUCCAAGACGACCAAAGACAAUACGAGGCUGCCCUCAACGACAGAGACGCCACUCUCCGCAGAAUGCGUGAAGAAUGCCAAACCUUGGUUGCUGAGCUCCAAGCUCUUCUUGAUACCAAGCAAAUGCUCGACGCCGAAAUCGCCAUCUACAGAAAGAUGUUGGAAGGAGAAGAAAGCAGAGUCGGACUCCGCCAAAUGGUCGAACAAGUUGUCAAGACCCAUUCUCUUCAACAACAAGAGGAUACUGAUUCUACUCGCUCAGUCAGAGGAGAAGUCUCUACUAAGACUACCUUCCAAAGAUCUGCUAAGGGUAAUGUGACCAUUGCCGAAUGCGACCCCAACGGAAAGUUCAUCACCCUCGAGAACACUCACAGAACCAAGGACGAAAACCUCGGAGAGCACAAACUCAAGAGAAAACUUGAUGGAAACAGAAGAGAAAUCGUUUACGCCAUCCCAGCCAGCACUGUCUUGAAGGCCGGAAAAAGCAUGAAGAUCUAUGCUCGUGAUCAAGGAGGAAUCCACAACCCCCCUGAGUCUCUUGUUUUCGACGCCGAAAAUACUUGGGGAAUCGGAGCCAAUGUAGUCACCAGCCUUUACAAUAAGGAAGGAGAGGAACGCGCUACCCACACCCAAAAGACAAUUCAAACUGGACAAUAA